GCCUCGCCGUAGGAGGCGUAAACCCUGAUCAACAGCCUUUCAGGGACCGAACCGUGGAUAGUGGCCCCAAUAUGGAGCUUAUGGAGAGAUUAACAAUGCUAGUGCUUUUGGGGCCCGUGCCAGCCAACACGCGUGCUCCGGAGCCAUGUUCCCUGUGGCUCUGCGCCGCUGUUUUGCCGCCUCCGAGUCCCUGAUAAUCGCUCCCGCUAAAACCAAAAAUUUCGGCAGGGCUGAGAAAAAAGUGGCAGCGCCUUGGGCAACCCGCCGCAGGCUGAUAUAUCCUACAUUUCCUACAUUUCUCUCCCUGCAACACCCCUCUUCUUUCCAUCCUCGUACCACUCUCCUCUCUUGGGUUUUAGUUGUUGGGGGACAGGACGCUGUUUAUUGUCGCUUGCAAUCGACAGAGCAGGCGUCACCUUUUUUUUUUUUUAGGUGGUUGCGACAUCUCUCGUUGCAUCGGCAUUUUUCUUUCAGAAUAUGCCACAUUUUGAAAGCCCUCCUCUGGCUCCCGCAAUGGCUGCUCCUGUGGUUCCAUCGAAAUCGAACUACUCAGGAAUCCCUCCUACUGCAGAGGAAGUCAACAGUAUCCUGAAGACGAUUCUAGAGACCAACACCGCUCAGACCGCGCUCGAUGCCUCAUAUGCCUUGACGAACCUCCUGAUACAGUCCGUCGGGAUCCGAGGACUAUUGGCCUACAAUUUAAUACCCGAAAUAAAGAAGGCGGCCGUCGACAAGAAAAAUGGCUCCAAACGCGAGAGUGCCAUGUUUAUCCUGGGUGCCAUGUUUGAGCGUUUCCCCCGCGAACAACCGCUCAGCGAAGUCGUCUUUUUACUGCUGGACGGAGGACUUUUCCAUCUCGUCCUAGACGGGUUGGCCGACAAAGGUUCAUCAGUCCGUGAGUCGGCGCAAUAUGCCGUCGAUGAGCUUUUCAAAAAUCUGGAGCCCGAGGCUCUGGUUGUCGGGCUCCUCCCAGCCUUGCAACGAUACUUGUCUAAGCCCACCGGCAAGUGGCAAGGAACCGUUGGAGCAUACACUUUACUCGGAAAGAUGGCCGACAAGGCCCAAAUCGGUGCCGGUACAAAGGAUGAGGAGCAAGCCAAAGACGUUUUGCGCGAGGCUAUGGGCAGGACCCUCAAAGACCUCAUCCCCGUGGUUGAGAGUGGCAUGCACGAUCUCAAAGCGGAGGUCGCCAAAGCGGCAACCAAGGCCAUGACUUCUCUUACCACUCUACUGCAAAAUGACGACGUGGCUCCUCGGAUACCACUUCUGAUCGACACCAUGAAGAACCCCUCGACCCAAACCUUGCAGAAAGCCAUUCACGCUCUUUCCCAGACCACCUUCGUUGCGAUAGUGACAUCGCCUGUCCUCGCCCUCCUUACUCCCCUGCUCGAGAGAGCCCUCAACUCUCCUGGAACGAGCCAGGAAGUGCUACGACAGGCCGUCGUCGUUGUGGAAAACUUGACCAAAUUGGUUCAUGACCCAGUCGAGGCAAGGACAUUUUUGCCUAAGCUACAACCUGGUGUCCAAAAAGUCAAAGAUAAUGCCUCUCUUCCGGAAGUGCGAGAAUUGGCCACAAGAGCGGUGGAUGUCAUGAAGAAAGCCAUGGGUGACGACAAAGAUGGGGUGACUGCUGGACAGAUUGCCCGGACUACGACCGAGGAUGUUUUGAAAGUUCUAGACCAACAGAUUAGCGCACACGGUACUAUUUCGAAGGAAGAUAUGGCCAUCUGGAAGGAAGGUCGGGUUUAUGUCGCUGACAUGGUCAAAGAAGAUGUCAACGUCAGGGUCUUUUCGAGAGUUCCUGGUCGAGUGGGACCUUAUCUCCGAUACCUUCUUCCAGACGACAAAUGCACUGCGGUUGCUGAAGGCGUGCAGAAGCAUUUCGUCGAGGAAGACCACAAGAAGUUCGGCGCUCCUGUCCAGGAAAAUCCUGACGAGGUCGAAGUCGUCAACGCCGAGUUCUCUCUUGCUUACGGUGGCAUGUUGUUACUCUCUCACACCAACCUCCGCUUGCUGAAAGGCCACAGAUACGGUCUUUGUGGACGCAAUGGUGCAGGUAAAUCCACCCUGAUGCGAAGCAUUGCCGAGGGCAAACUGGAAGGGUUCCCGCCACAAGACGUGUUGAAGACAUGUUUCGUCGAGCACAACCAGGGUGAAGACGCCGACAUCAGCAUUCUUGAGUUUGUAGCCAAGGAUCCCGAGAUUGCCAAGGAAGGCAUGGAAAGGAUCUCCCAGGUCCUCGAGGAGGUCGGGUUCACCGCUGGGCCUGAAGGUCGCCAGUCGCACAAAGUUGGAUCGCUGUCCGGAGGAUGGAAGAUGAAGCUGGCUCUGGCAAGGGCCAUGUUGAUGCGUGCCGACGUGUUGCUUCUGGACGAGCCGACCAAUCAUUUGGAUGUCGCCAACGUCAAGUGGCUGGAAGAGUACUUGAAGAGCCAUACCGAGAUCACUUCUUUGAUUGUUUCCCACGACUCCGGAUUUCUCGACGCGGUUUGCACCGAUAUCUACCACUACGAACAGAAGAAAUUGGUGCACUACCCUGGGAACCUGGCGGACUUUGUCAAAGUCAAGCCCGAAGGGAAGAGCUACUACACUCUGUCGGCCAGCCAGGUGCAGUUCAAGUUCCCUCCUCCUGGCAUCUUGACUGGUGUGAAAUCGAACACACGGUCCAUCCUUCGAAUGUCAAACGUCAGCUUCACCUAUCCCGGCGCCUCGAAGCCUAGUUUGCAGGAUGUGUCCUGCUCACUGAGUCUGUCGUCACGGGUGGCAAUCAUCGGCGCCAACGGUGCAGGCAAAUCUACUCUGAUCAAACUGUUGACCGGCGAGACGAUUCCACAAACCGGCAAAGUCGAGAAGCAUCCCAACCUACGAAUCGGGUAUAUCAAGCAGCACGCACUGGAACACGUGGAGAUGCAUCUGGAAAAGACGCCGAACCAGUACCUGCAAUGGAGAUAUGCCAACGGUGACGAUCGCGAAGUGCACAUGAAAGCCACCCGAGCACUCACCGACGAAGACAAGGUUCAGAUGGAGAAAUGGAUCGAUCUUGGCGACGGCAAGCCUCCGCGGCAGGUGGAGGCCUUGAUGGGCCGACAGAAGUACAAGAAGACGUUCCAAUACGAAGUCAAAUGGAAGAACAUGCUGCCCAAAUUCAACACGCAGGUGUCGCGUGAAACCCUUCUCGAAUGGGGGUUCCAGAAGCUGGUGCAAGAAUUCGACGACCACGAAGCCUCCCGAGAGGGCUUGGGAUACCGUAUUCUCGAACCCAAGGUGAUCGCUAAACAUUUUGAGGAUGUCGGUCUCGACCCGGAAAUCGCCAAUCACAACCAGAUUUCGGGUUUGAGCGGAGGUCAAAAGGUCAAGGUCGUGCUCGCUGGUGCCAUGUGGAACAACCCGCAUCUGCUGGUGUUGGACGAACCGACCAACUUUUUGGACCGAGACUCCUUGGGCGGUCUGGCCGUUGCCAUUCGCGAGUACAAGGGUGGUGUGGUCAUGAUCAGUCACAACGAAGAGUUUGUGGGCGCCCUAUGUCCAGAACAAUGGCACGUCGCCGACGGCCGAGUCACCCACAAGGGCCAUUUGGCGGUGGAUCUCAACCGAUUCGAGGAUUCGCGUCCAGGAUCGAGUAACGUCAGCUCGGCGGUGUCAAGUGCCACGGCCUCAGCAGUCAACUCGGGAGCCGAAGACAACAGCGACAUGAACUUCCGGGCUAAGAAGAAGAAGAAGAUGACCAGAGCACAAUUGAAGGAGAGAGAGGUGCGGCGCAGGUUGAGACAUAUCGAAUGGUUGAACAGUCCUAAGGGGACACCGCAUCCGCCUGACACGGACGAUGAGGCAUGAAGAAACAAAUUGAAGAAGGUCGCACGAUAUAAAAAAUUUUUCUCUUUCUUUUUGUCAGCAUCAACAAGGGUUAAGGAUAGACAUUACAUGGUUGCGGUCGUCGAGUACCGUUUGUCGUUUGUUCAGAGGCAUAGCGUGGCGUUGGAGUCGGGGUUUCGUUUCUGAUCAAGCAGAGAGAGAGACGGGCGCUGUCGAACAUCAAACAUCGAACGCAGAAGAAUACCAGCGCCAUUUGCUCGUUUAUUCAUUUACUUUAUGGCCAUUCAUCCGUGGUUGCGAUCGGGGUUAUCUGGCACUUCUAUGGUGCCAUUCUUGUAUAUUGCAAAGGCAUCCAGCACUGCGGCAUCGACUGCCCGAGGCCAGGUGUUAGACUGACUGACUGAUCGUCUGCGGUCUGUGGUCUUUAAAAAUUUAUUCUUGUCUUUUUGAAUUUCCUCUAUGAGAUCGAUAUCUAGGUGGAUAUACCCCCGUGAGACACAUUGAAUACAACUUUUUGUUUCCAUUUACAACAACA